AUGGCCGGAAACGGGAAAGGACGGACGAUUGGGAUAGAUUUGGGGACUACUUACUCGUGUGUGGCAGCGUGGAAGCACGACCGCAUUGAGAUUAUACCAAACGAUCAGGGCAACCGCACCACCCUUUCUUAUGUAGCUUUCACCGCCACCGAGCGUCUCAUCGGCGACGCCGCUAAGAACCAAGUCGCAAAUAAUCCCAUCAACACUAUUUACGAUGCAAAAAGGUUGAUUGGUCGUAAUUUCAGUGAUCCGACGGUUCAGAGUGACAUGAUCUGUUGGCCAUUUAAGGUCAUUCCUGUCGAUGCAGACAAGCCAAUGAUUGUGGUAACCUACAAAGGGGAGGAGAAACAGUUUACUGCUGAGGAGAUCUCCUCAAUGGUGCUUACCAAGAUGAAGGAUAUUGCUGAGGUAUAUCUUGGAUCAUCCGUCACCGAUGCAGUCGUGACUGUGCCUGCGUAUUUCAACAACUCUCAGCGUCAGGCCACAAAGGUCGCUGGAGCCAUUGCUGGCCUUGACAUUGUAAGGGUUAUCAAUGAGCCUACUGCUGCUGCCCUUGCUUACGGUCUGGAUAAAGGUGUUACUAGCUCCGUGGCAAAGAAUGUGCUGAUUUUUGACCUUGGUGGGGGCACGUUUGAUGUGUCUGUAGCCACCAUUGAAGGAGAUAGCAUUGAAGUGAAGGCUAUUGCUGGGGAUACUCAUCUUGGAGGCCAGGACAUAGACAACAGGAUGGUGAAUCACUUCAUCAAAGAGUUUAAUAUCAAGAAGGGUAAGGAUAUUAGUGGGAAUCCGAGAUCUAUAAGGAGAUUGAGGAGUGCUUGUGAAAGAGCCAAGAGGGUCCUUUCUUCCACUUUGGAGACCCCAAUUGAGAUUGAAUCGUUGUUUGAGGGGAUUGAUCUGUUUUCGACCAUUAGUCGUGCUAAAUUUGAAGACCUCAACAUGGAUUUAUUCAACAAAUGUAUGGAGCAGGUAGAGAAAUGUGUGAGUGAUGCAAAGAUGGAGAAGAGCAGCGUGGAUGAGGUGGUGCUUGUUGGUGGAUCGAGUAGGAUUCCCAAGGUUCAGCAGAUGUUGCAGGAGUUAUUCGGUGAGAAAGAGGUGUGCAAAACCAUUAAUCCAGAUGAAGCUGUGGCUUAUGGUGCUGCAAUGCUGGCUGCCAAGUUGAGUGGUGAAGGCGAUGUAAAGGUGCAAAAGCUCAUUCUAUUCGAUGUUACUCCGCUGUCCCUUGGUAUUGGACUCAAUGGAGAUGAAAUGAGGGUAAUUAUUCCAAGGAAUACAACUAUCCCAACAAGGAACUCUUGUAAUGAUAUUGUCACAAUGUUUGACAAUCAGACUUGUAUGGACCUUCCGGUGUAUGAGGGUGAAAGAAGCAAGUGUACUGAUAAUAAUCUGCUAGGUGAAUUCUGGCUCGAUGGCAUUCCAGCCGCGCCUAGAGGUGUUGCUAAAAUCAAAGUGUGCUUCGACAUUGAUGAGAAUGGUAUCUUGAAUGUGUCAGCAGAGCACAUAGGGAGUGGAGUAAAGAACAACAUCACCAUAACCAACUACAAGGGCAGGCUGUCUAAUAAAGAAAUCGAGAGGAUGAUUCGGGACGCAAAGAAGUACAAAUUUGAGGAUGACGACUUUAGGAAGAAGGCGUGGGCCAGGGCUGAUUUGGAGAACUAUGCCUACAACACAAGAAACGCCGCUAGAAGUGCUGCCAAGCUCACAGCAGCAGGCAAGAAGAAGAUUGAGGAUGUAUUCGAGAAUUUGACACAGUGGUUGGAGUCUAACAAACAAGCAGAGGUUUAUGAUCUCAAAGACAAGAAGAAGGAGCUCCGGACUAUUUUCAAUCCCAUCAUCGCCAAGAUGAAAUAA